AUGCCAAUUCGCAAUCCUUUUGCUCGUCGCACCGCCACGGCCACCGCGCACGACGAGAGCCUGUACCCCGAGCAGGACGCUUCCCAUCCGGGCUUCGAGCGUGUUGACACCAUAGGGUCCAAGGCCUCGUCGGCCCUCAGCAUUCGAAGCAACAGGAGCCACGACACCGGCGAAUACAAGAUGAGCGCGGCGUAUAUCUUCCGGUAUGUGCCAGCAUUGAGCGUGCGCCGUGUCCUGCUUCACCGCGACAUCAAACUAAUCCGCACGAACCAGCCCUCGCCGACACAGGACAAGGGUCAAUGGCCUCGCAAGUACCUGUCCUCCAGGGCGUCGACGGAAACAGGGAGCAGCCUGGGCGACAUUGAGCACUUUCCCAUCUCCCGGGAGUCAUUUGAUUCCUACCGAAGAUCAUUUGAUAUCACAGCGCGGUCCCCCGUCAUCUCCCACGAUGGUCUCGGACGGCAGAGCCUCGACUCUGCUCGUUUCCGUCGUCUCCCCAGAUCGGCCAUUGACCGCAAGUUUGAGUGCGAGCCACCCACCGCCGAGGAAGGGUUUGAGGACGUCGGCCUGGACGAUCACAAACAGCAGCCCCGCAAGCGCGGCUUCUUCGCCAAGCUGACCGAGUCGCAAGAUGCAAACGGUCAACCGACCGUACCCCGAUUCUUGAUCCCGGGACGGAAGCGCGGCCAAAGUGGCCAGGGCUCGGAGCUCGGAACCAUGAACUAUCCCAGGACAUCUGAUGAGGCACGAAAUUAG